AUGACCACCACCAAUGUGUUAAUGACGGGCAUCUCUCUACCUGCAUGUUGCCGUCUACAGCAGCACUCAACUGCUUCCGAUUUAUUUUCUGUAUCUAACACAUCUUAUCUUUUACCUGUCGAAAUUUUACGUGUCAAUUCAAUAGCAGGGCUGAGUUACGUCGUUUGGAAGUGCACAUCUCGUAUCCCUUCCGUCGCCUCCUCUCAGCAGCGAAACAAAGUCCAUUCGCAGUGGGUUUCACAGCAUCAAGUGUCUAUUGUCUAUCCUGCAUCACCUGAUGCUAAUGCAGCAUUGGGUCGUGGCUCUCAUGACUCGAAAUUUGAGGUUGAUAACCCUCGCGUGGAGCUCUGGAGCUCCCAAAUCGGCUGUAUUGGCCGUUUUACUGUCGCCAAGCAGUACAUUCACCUAGGAGAAGAAGCAUUCCAAGCUGUAGCUUUUGCUGUUAUUGUACGGCAAUCGUUGACCCAUCAACGGUGUCACUGGUGCUUUGCAUUGCUACGGACAAAAGCCCUAGAGUGUGGUGACUGUGCCUUCACACGGUAUUGUUCCCGUGAUUGUCUGGCAGCAGAUGCAGAACUGCAUGACUUCCAGUGUCAAGCACUUCGAGAUUUGAAAAGGAAAGGGUGUGACGGCCAUUUAGGGGACGUGGAGACAAUUCGGUUGGCACUUGCGGUGCUGAGCAUGGAGCAAAUGGUCCGGAAUCCUCAAGCUUUAAGACUGCUAAAUGCUCACAAUGAAGACGGGGAUGACGCAAGUGAUGUACAACAUGCUGCAGAAUUUAUUGUCAAAAGGACGAAUCAACAUUUGGAUCGGAAGCAUGUGUCAAUUACACUCCAGCGCGUUCACUGCAAUGCUCAUCCGCUCUACCUUGAUGGUGUCACGUGUGUGGGUUCUGGUGUGUUUCCUGACGCAGCUAUGGCGCUAAAUCAUUCUUGUUUGCCAAAUGUGGCGCCUACUUUCAAUCCACGUACUCGGACACUCGCCUUCCACGCUAUUGUAGAUAUUCCGCGUGGUUAUGCUGUGGAGUGCUCUUACAUUGACUUGUUGCAGACGAGAAAGAGACGUCAAGAGCUGCUUGCUCGAGGAUUUGGCUUUGUCUGUGUUUGCAAGCGUUGCACAAAUGAAGCUACAUUGCGCAACAUGGGCCGAGAUAUAGCAGAAAGUGAAGAAGCAAACCAAGUAGAGACGCGAGUGAUGGAGGAACUUAUGCAGUUGGUGAAUUCCGAUUGCAGUAGCGUGAAGCAGCGUCUUUCUUGUUUAAAAAAAGAGUGUGCAAGUUUUUUUGAGCGCAACAUCGAAGCUCGAUUUGCACUUUACACUGUGAAAAUGAAGCUUGCGAGUGACCAGAAUGACUGGAAACGUGUAAUAAAGACUGCUGAGAUGCUGCUGGGUAUUUGGAUGCGAUGCGGUCUACCAGACAAUUACCACACUACCGAAACACUGCACAUGCAAAUUUAUCGUGCUGCAAAACAUGUUGGGAUGACUGCAAAGGCAGAAGCGUCGGUCCAGCGAGUGGCAAGUAUCCGGCAAAUUUGUGGCUAUUCACACCCUGAUGCGGCCAUUAAGUAA